UUUUUUACAUGAAGAAUGAAAAUAGUCAAUAAAGAAAAUAUUCAACAGAUUUUGAAAAAACUAGAAGUUGGACAGAAUAAUGAUAUUAGUACAAACAAUAAUUGGAUCAAUCGUGAUCUAGCUCCUAUUCCUCCAGAACGUAGAACAUGGGGUACUUGGAAUUAUGUUGCAUUUUGGAUUUCUGAUUGUUUAAAUGUAAAUACAUUUAUGAUUGGAGGUUCAUUUGUUGCCCUUGGAUGUUCUUGGUGGCAAGCAUUGGUGGUGGUUGCUAUUGGAUAUGGAUUAUCAGCUGUAGUAUUGGUAAUCAAUGGUCGAGUGGGUGCAAUAUAUCAUAUUGGAUUUUCCGUAUUUACAAGAGCUUCCUUUGGUAUGUAUGGUGCUUUCAUUCCUAUUCUUAAUCGGGUUUUACUUGGUGUAGUCUGGUAUGGUGUUCAAGCUUGGAUUGGUGGUCAAUGUGUCUAUCAAAUGCUUCGUGCUAUUGCCCCAAGUAUUGAUGAUCUUCCCAAUUCACUUCCUCCUAAUGCUGGUACAACAACAAAAGCCUUCCUUGGUUUCUUUUUGUUUUCUUUAUUAUCUUGUGUGGCCAUCUGGUUCCCUGUGGAAAGAAUCCGUCAUCUAUUCACCCUCAAAUCAAUCGUUGUACCUAUUGCUGCUAUUUCUCUUUUUAUCUGGGCUGUUGUCAACGUACAUGGAUUAGGUCCUAUUGUGAAUCAACCUUCUUCUUUUACUUCCAACGAAGAUAUGGCUUGGGGUAUUAUUGGUUCUAUCAUCUCUUGUUUUGGUAACAUGGCUGCUUUGAUUGUCAAUCAACCUGAUUUUGCAAGAUAUUCUAUCAAGCCAAGAGAUAUCAUUUAUUCUCAACUGAUCACACUUCCACUUGGAUUCUUCUUCACCUCUUUUAUCGGUAUUGUCGUGACAUCUGCAUCUCAACAUAUGUAUGGGGAGGCUUUAUGGAAUCCUAUUGAUUUAUUGAAUAGAAUGGAUAGUCGACCGGCUGUCUUCUUCCUUGCUUUUGCUUUUGCUUUUGCAACUCUUGGUACAAAUUUGGCGGCAAACUCAAUUCCUGUAGGUGCAGAUCUGGCAGCAGUUUUUCCUCGUUAUAUUAAUAUGCGUCGUGGUGGAUAUGUUGCAGCGGCUAUUGGAUUCUGUAUCACUCCUUGGAACUUACUUUCUGGUGCACAAGCUUUUCUCAAUUUUCUCACAGGAUAUACUGUUUUCUUGGCUCCAAUCACUGGCGUUCUGAUUGCGGAUUAUUAUUUCGUCAAAAAGGGGCAUUAUUCAGUGGCAGACUUGUAUGAUCCUGCAGGUAUAUACUGGUAUACUUAUGGUAUCAAUUGGCGUGCGUAUGCUGCUUAUCUUAUUGGUAUUACACCCAAUCUUCCUGGAUUUGCAGGAGUAACUGGAAACUAUGUAUCUCCUGUUGCUGAAAAGAUCUUUAAAUUGGCGUGGCCUAUUGGAUUCAUCAUUGGAGGUGGUGUUUACAUUUUGUGCAACUGGUUAUUCCCUUGCCAAUGGAUCAUUGCUGAACGUGAAAAGGAGGUUGUCAUGGAUCCAAGUGCUCUUAAAAAGGACAAGUAUGAAAUACCUGUUACAUUAUCACCAACUACUUCAAUUCAUCAACAAUCACAUUCUCUUCAAACUACUCAUGAUUCCAUUGUAUAA